UCACCUCUUCAAUAGAACCCUUUCAAAGCUCGCCUCCUCGGAGAAAGAAUCUUCUUCUUCUUCUUCUUCACUUUACAUCUGUCAAAGCUGAAGAAAAAAAAUAGGUUAUUCUGAGUGAUGGGUGUGAGCUGCCGUUGCUCCCACACCUCCCAUAUCACUGAAAUCAUCAUAACCAGCUUCUUUCGUCACAAGUCUUAAAACAAGUGAACAACUUUGUGUUCUUUAAAAUCCAAAAGCCAGAGUGGUCUUUCUUUCUCUUCUUUUUCUUUUGUUUUUUAUGUUAAUUUUUUAGAUCAUUUGAUGAUAUGGUGAAGAUGAUUUCUUGAACAAGAUCGAUCAUUUAGCUUGAAACUCUCAUGGCGGGUGGGAGGGUCUUCUCUUGUAAUAAUACUAAUAGUGUUGGUGGUUCUAAUAAUCUCUCUGUUUUACUUCAAAGUCAAAGGGUUCCUUCUUCUUCUGAGCCUAUGGAUCCUCUUUUCAUUCCAAGACCAGGCUCUUCCCCUUAUUCUUUCUUUGUUUCAGGUACGAGAUCGAUGGUAAGCUUUGAAGACGUCCAUGGAGGAAACAGAUCAUUCUUUAGAAGUUUUGAUGAAGAAGAGAAUGGAGAUGAAGAUCUUGAUGAGUAUUUUCAUCAACCUGAGAAGAAAAGACGACUCACUGUUGACCAAGUCCAGUUUCUAGAGAAAAGUUUCGAGGUUGAAAACAAACUUGAACCUGAAAGGAAAACUCAACUAGCUAAAGAACUUGGGUUACAACCCCGUCAAGUUGCCAUUUGGUUUCAAAACCGCCGUGCUCGAUGGAAGACUAAGCAGCUUGAAAAAGACUAUGACACUUUACAAGCUAGCUUUAAUACCCUCAAAGAUGAUUAUGGUAAUCUCCUCAAAGAGAAAGAUAAACUUAAACAGGAGGUUCUUCAGCUUACUGAUAAGUUGGUUAUGAAAGAAAAGAACAACUCAGAGUUAUCGGAUGUGAACACAGUGUGUCAAGAACCACCACAAAAGCCUGUUGAUUCAGACAGCCCUCAUUCAUCUUAUCCAUUCGAACCAGAUCAGUCUGAUACAUCACAAGAUGAGGAAGAUAACUUGAGUAAGGCUUUGUUUCAACCAUCUUCUUACAUCUUCCCAAAAUUGGAAGACAAUGAUUACUCCGACCCGCCUGCAAGUUCUUGUAGUUAUGGAUUUCAUGUUGAAGAUCAUGCUUUCUGGUCUUCGGCUUAUUAAGUUACACAUCUAUAUGUUACAUACAUACAUAAAUAAAUAUAUGAUGUUGUUUGUGUAUUAUUACUUCUUGUACUAAUAAUUAUGAAUUAAGUAAUAAAAAAAAAAUACCAAUCAUUGGCAUUGUAGUA